AUGGGCCAUAAGAUCAAAAAGAUAAGGAUGGGAUUAAACAAGAUCAUAGCCGAGAAGGAUGCCUUCAAUCUUAAUCAGCAGACCAAUUUUAGCAGCAGUUCUCGUAGCAUAUGGCGCGAAACCCAUUCACAUGUUCAUGUGUCAGAAAUCAUUGGACGAGAGAUGGAUAGGGAUGUGAUUGUCAAGCGCUUGUUGUGCCCUGAUGCGGACAAGAACCCCUUCAUUGUUUCGAUUGUCGGAAUUGGAGGGAUAGGGAAGACUGCCCUUGCCAAGUUGGUGUACAACGAUGAGAGGGUAAAACUUCACUUUGAUUCGAGAAUUUGGGUGUGUGUAUCUGAUGAGUUCGACCCAAAGAUUAUACUGCAAAAGAUCAUCAAGUCAGCAACUCAGGAAUCAACAAUCGUUCAGAGCAUUCAUCUUUUAGAGUUGGAGCAACUGCAGGCAAAAUUGCAAGAGCUCUUGCAAGACAAUAAAUUUUUGCUUGUACUGGAUGAUGUAUGGAGCAAUAAUCGAGGUCAAUGGCGUGAGUUGAGGGAUCUCCUUACAGGUGGCACUACAGGUAGCAGUGUAAUUAUGACAACUCGCAGCUCAAAAGUUACAUCUGCCGGGGGCUCUCGUUAUGAUCACAAGUUAAAAGGGCUUUCGCAAGGCGACAGUAUCUCAGUACUCAAGAAGGUUUUCGAGGAGGGGCAUGGCAGUAUGAUGAAUCCUGAGAUCUUGGAGAUUGCGAGCCAAAUUCUUGACAAAUGUAGAGGUGUGCCGCUCGUGGUGAGAGCUCUUGGAGGCUUGCUUUGUUCCAACACCGAUAUAAGAUACUGGAGAUCCAUCAUAGAUGAGGACAUAUUGGCCGUGCUACAUGAGGAAGGUGAUAUCUUGCCAAUAAUCAGAUUAAGUUACGAUCAUUUGCCAGCUUACUUGAAGAGAUUGUUUGCCUUCUGCUCACUGUUUCGCAAGGAUUAUCUGUUUAACAACAUAAUCCUAGGAGAAUAUUGGAUAGCAAGUGGACUGAUCAGCACAUCGCAUAAUAAUCAAAAGCCAGAGGAGGCAUGCAACCAUUACAUAAAAGAGUUGUUGGCAAGAUCUUUCUUCCAAGACUUUGAGGAGCACGGCCAAAUAUUCUCACUUAAAAUGCAUGAUAUAGUACAUGAUCUCGCAGUAUCUGUCGCCCAAAAUGAGUAUCUAGCCGUAAAUUCCCACACUGCAAGCAUUUCGGAUAGAGUCCGACAUUUGUCGUUCUCUGCUAGAUCCGAAAACCCACCGGUACGUAUCCCACAACACCUAAGCCAAGCAAAAAGGUUGCAAACCCUGUUUUCUAGAGAACGUGCUGGUGAUGCAAGGCUUCCUAAGGAGUUUUUGAAAGCAUGCAUCUCUAAUUGUAAGUAUCUGCGAGUAUUAGACUUGCAUGGUCUCAUUUUCGAGUUGCUGCCUAGUGACAUUGAUUCCUUGAAGCAUUUAAGAUAUCUAGACCUAUCUCACAAUCCCAAAAUAAAGAGACUGCCUAAAUCGAUUUGCAAUCUACAAAGCUUGCAAUGUUUAUUUUUUCAUGGAUGUAAGAACCUUGAAGAAUUGCCAAGAGAUAUGUGGAAGCUUAUCAAUCUUCAUACUUUGGGUAUAAUGACGAAAGAGAAGAGCUUAAAGAACAGCGGCAUAGAACACUUGAAGUCUUUACGAGAAUUGAGGAUUGUGGGAUGCGACAAUCUAGAAACUUUGUUUGAAGGGAUGAAUAUGGAAGGCCUUGCUUGUCUUCGCAGGUUGUAUAUUGUUGACUGUGAGAAUCUAACAUCCAUUCCCAUGAGUAGCUUGAAAUUUCUUAGUUCCCUAGAGGCUUUAGCUAUUUGGAAUUGUGGAAAGCUCCAUUUGUCCAUGGAGGAGGAGAUAUUCUUCCCAUGCCUAAGGACAUUGAGUUUUAUUGGGUUACCAAAGAUGUUGACCUUUCCCAAAUGGGUCCAAGGAGCCGCUAACACCUUACAAAGCGUCCUUAUCAAAAAUUGUCAGCAGCUGGGGGAACUGCCCGAGUGGCUACAUAGGCUCUCACGUCUGGAAGCACUAAGACUUGUUGGAUGUGAUGGCAUAUCAACCCUGCCGGAUGGAGUUCAAGAUCUCACUGCCCUCAAAUUUCUAUGGAUUAUUGAUUGUAGUGAGUUGGGCGGCAAAUGUCUACCGAAUGGACCAGAUUGGCACAAGAUUGCUCACAUUCCGAAUAUUAAAUUUGAUGGUGAAGAGAUCCACAAACUCUUUCUCCUAAUAUCGACCUUUUAA